ACUGGCAUCAUCUAGACCAAACACCUCACCGGCUCUGAGAGCUACAGCACCUGCUGCACCAUUAUCUGGCAUUGUCAUUCGUGUUGAAGGAUAGCAUGUUGAUGUUAAUUGUCCUCUGCUGCUUCUGUGUGAGGAUGAGACCUCUGGAUGCAGAGACGGCGGUUGUUGGGACAUCAUCUCCACUGGAGGCUACAACGGCUACAGUGGACCCAACGUUAGCUUCCAAAGCUCCUGUAAAAGUUCAGAAUACCUCCACCCAUGCUGUCACUAAUGCCUCACUGAAGGUCUCCUCAGGUCUGUCCAGGCUCAUCAGAAUCCCUCUGAGCUUGUCUCUGGACUCUGUUGAUGACAUGUAUUACGGCUGCUCCCAGAAGAUGCUUAUCAAGGUGAAACGUCAGUACCUGCCAAGGAGCACCAGGGAAGGUCUGCACGACACAUAUACUAAACUUUGUGCUAUUAGAGCUAUGAAGAACAAGGACAUCUACGACCCUCUGUCCUGGAAUCACUUCAGGGCCCUGUGUGCCUACACAGCGGGGGCCUAUGAUGACUUGAACCGAGCAGUCCGCAAGGGGAAGGCCUCCUACAAGACCUCGUUCGAAUUCCACGCCCUCCACUUCCUGCUGUCUGAUGCCAUCCGGCUCCUGAAACUCAACCAAAGGAGCUGCUACACCACCUACCGCAGGAGCAAACUGCUCUUCAGCGGGGAAGCUGGACAAACCAUCCGCUUUGGCUCCUUCGCCUCCAGCUCCUUCAACAAGGACCUGCGUCAGUUUGGACGAAGGACCUGCUUCGAGAUCCACACAUGUUUCGGUGCCUACCUCAAGUUCUAUUCAGAGUUUGACUCAGACGAGGAUGAAGUACUGAUUCCUCCUUUCGAGAUGUUCAACAUUGUCUCCGUGGACACGUCAGGAGAGAAUGAUUUACACUGUGAUGUCUUCUACAAGCUGGAGACUGCAGGGGUUUACAGCAGCCUCAACUGCCAGGCUCAGGACCUUUAAAAGGUGCUAGGUCUUCAGUUAUUAUAUAUCAUUUUGAUGCAUCAGUUUUGUUAUGAUUCACGGCU